AUGAAGUGCUCGUCCCCAAUUCUUCAAAUCAUCUUCAUCUUUGCCUUCAUCUCCUCUCCGGCCACUGCUCGACCUGCCGACAUCUGGGAUUUCGACAUCGACACUGAUCCUGCCCCGCCACCAGAUCAAGGACCUCCUCUCUCGGCUGGUGCUCUGAGAGACCAAUCCAAGCUCAAGUACGAAAUCAUCGGUAUUGCGGGGGCUUACGUCUUCUGGCUUCUACUCACCCUUAUCCUCCUUCUCUUCGUUGGCAAGAGGCUUCGCCGCAAGACCCAGACCUCCAACCGCACCCUCAGCAUGGAAAUCGUCAAGCCAGCGCCUCUGGCCAAUCAGGCCAAGAUGAAUGUCGAACCACCGUUGAAGAGCCCCGGCAAGAUGGCCAGCCUGAAGUCAUGGGCAAGCGGGGGAAAAUCCCAUGAUCAUAAACAGUCCAAUGUGAGCGUCACUUCGACAAUUGAUGAGAAAAUCCUCGCGGCAGACAAAGCAAAGAACAUGGAUGAAAUGACCAAACUCUAUGCUGCUGUCAUGGCACACGAUGAGGAGAUAUCCCAGAAAGCUCGUAGCAGCGGCCAGACCUCUCCUCGGACACCCCAAUUCCCGCCUCAAUACAAUGCUCCUCCGACGCCUAGGUCUCCCCAUCAGGCUCCCCCCGCACCAAGAUCACCGUACUAUCAACCUUAUCUGAAUGGGCCUGUUUCGCCCCGCUACCCUCCAGAAUUCCAACACUUGAGGAACGCUUCACCAGAGGAGGAAAACCACGGUAUCGAGCCAGUUACACAGACACUUGUCCACCCAUUGGCGCCUACCCCCGCUGGAGAGGCACAGGACUCGAGGACAGCAUCUCAAACUAGCAGCCGAAAGAAAGUAUCCCCUUUGUCAUUUAUAUCUGGUCGAAGCGAUUCGGCAGAUCAGGGUAAAAGACGGCCAAGCCGCAUUUCUGUACGGGGGCAGCCAAUUUCGGAACCUCUUGGAUCCGCAACACUUACAGAGGCGUCAAUAUAUACCGAGGAGAGCAUUGCGUCUCCCCGAAUCUACAAUCCCGGACCCCCUCCGCCCACGCCUGGCCAGAAAUCUUCCGUUACGGUGACGGCGAAUGAAGUGGAGAAGAAGGGCCCUCCGGCUCCUUUGUCCCUACGCAGUACCGCGGCUUCGAACAGUUCAAACAGCCUACCAUUCCGUCAAUUGUAUAAUGAAUCAUUGAAGAGUGCACCACCCACGAAGACCACGUUCGUGGAUCGACGUGAGAGCGUUUUGGGUGUGCAUCCCAAGACUGGAAUGCCUCAGACUCCAUACAGCCCUUAUAUGCCAUUUACGCCAAUGACGCCUGUGACGCCGCGGUCGCUAGUGACCAAGAAAGAGAUGAAAAAGAACCGAAAGAAAGAAGGAUUGAAGGUCUUGAGCGAGGAUGAUAUGGUCAUGAGCGAUGAGGACAUGUGGGGAGAGAUGAAGUGA